GUGACUCUCAGAAAGACAAUGGAGCCGCCUGUGUUGAAACAUUUGUUGCCUGCGAUCAUUCUGGGCUUCGUAACAUACCCCCCGGAGGUGCCCGGACUGAAGAAUGGCCUGGCGCUCACCCCCCCGAUGGGCUGGUUACACUGGCAAAGGUUCAUGUGUCAGACCGACUGCAAAAACUAUCCCACCUCUUGUAUCAAUGACCAGCUCUUCAUGCAGAUGGCUGACAUAAUGGUGUCCAAUGGAUGGCUGAAGGCGGGAUAUAAAUAUCUGUGCAUUGACGACUGCUGGCUGGCUCCACAAAGAGACAAAAACAACAGACUCCAGGCCGACCCCGACCGAUUUCCAGGAGGCAUCAAGAAACUCGCCGAUUACUUACAUGAUCGCGGCCUGCUGUUUGGAAUAUACCAAGACGUGGGCACGAAAACCUGCGCCGGAUAUCCAGGAAGUCAAGAUUUUUACGAGUUGGACGCGCAAACGUUUGCAGAUUGGGGGGUGGACCUACUCAAAUUUGAUGGAUGUAAUUGUGGAACUCUGGAAGAGUUGGAAGAUGGGUAUCGUCGUAUGUCUAUUGCACUGAACCGUACUGGGAGGAAUAUUGUGUAUUCCUGUGAAUGGCCGCUGUAUGCUCGGCGUGAAACACAGGUUAACUAUACGGAAGUUGCUGAAUACUGCAACUCGUGGAGAAAUUUUGACGAUAUUGCAGACUCGUGGUCAAGUGUGAAGACUAUCAUGGAUUUCACCGCAGCUUUCCAAGAUAGGCUGGUGCCUGCAGCUGGUCCGGGAGCUUGGAACGACCCAGACAUGCUUGUUAUAGGUAACUUUGGAUUGAGUUGGAAUCAGCAAGUCACACAAAUGGCUCUUUGGGCAAUCAUGGCUGCACCUUUAUUAAUGUCCAAUGACUUGAGAGACAUAAGCCUAGAGUCUACAGCUCUCCUUCAGAACCAAGAGGUCAUCGCCAUCAAUCAAGAUCCUCUGGGAGUACAAGGAUACAGGUUACUCAUGGCGGAAUCUUUUGAACUGUGGGAGAAACCCCUUGACGGUGGAUCUUUGGCCAUCUCGGUAACAAACCGCCAAGAAAUAGGUGGCCCCCGUUAUUUUCCACUGCUACGAGCCGUACUAUGGAAAGGGCUCGCUUGUGACACUUGCUACGUGACGCAGUUGCUUCCGACGCGCUUUGAAUAUGGCUAUUUUAACUCCUCUCGUGCCUUGCCACUGCUGGUGAACCCAUCGGGAACCGUGCUGCUGAGGCUGGAGUAAGGAAAAGCAAGAGCUUCUUAAAAGCCC